AUGAAGGAGCUGCAGCCUGCAGGCUGCAGCCACACGAAGGCCCAUUUCCAAAUUUGCAAGUUCCUCCUCGAGUCCUCGACCAACCCCAGUAGCCGCCUAAACCCCACACGCAACUCCCAGCCAUGGCUCCCAACCGCGCCGCCGCCGCCACCGGCUCCUCCUCCAGAGGAGGAGGAUGAGGAAUCGGAGGAGGAGGAAUCAGAAUCAGAGGAGGAGGAGGAGGAUGAGGAUUCAACGGAGGAGGGGGACGAAGAGGAGGCGGAGCCUCAUCUGCAGCCAUCAAGCAAGAGGGUCGACCCUCCCGUGACCGCGGCGCUCAAGGAGGAGGUCCAGGAGGACGUUGAUUUCCAGCCAAUCAACCGCAUCGACCAGCGGGCGCCGGCGCGGCCUGCGGCCAAGAACCAGCCUCAGUCAAGCAAUCCUCCCGCCCGCGGCAGGAAGAGGGCGUCCGACGAGAUCGGCAAGUCGCUGGUGCCGGCGCCGGCACGGAAAAAGAGCAAGAACACGGCGCAGCACAGCGAGUCGCCAGAGCCCAGGCCGAAGAGAACCAGGCGCGUAUGGGCUCCUGAUGACGAGGUCCUGGUUCUCGAGGCGCUUGCUCAGCACCGCCGCCAACAUGGGUCGCUGCCGCCUUCUGGGGACAGCGACUUCUUCGAGUCCAUCCGCGAGGGCCUCGAGGAGAAGAGCUUCCAGCACUCCGAUAUCAAGGAUAAAGUGCGCAGCCUGCUUCGUCGCUACAGAUCACGCGCGGUGUCUACUUCGGACCAUGAUAAGCGCAUUCAUAACCUCUCUAGAGAUGUCUGGGGCGACCUGCUGCCGGUUGUGGCCGCCACUGGCCCUGUCAAUGGCAGCGAGGAGGAUGACGGCGCCCCCGCCAUCUCUGGGGACGGCCAGUCUGAGAGUGGUGGCAGAAGGUCUGGUACCAAGGGCUUGAAGAAAAUGUGUGAGAUGUAUCCUCUGCUUGCGCAGGAGGUGAAGCUGCUCACGAAAGUGCAGCCUUGCUUCGAAAGCUCAUUCAACAGACUAGAUGCCAAGAGGGCGCAGGACAUCGAGAAGAAGCUGGAGAGAGUCAAAUAUGCAGAGUUGAAGAUCGAGGCGCGGAUGGUGCUGGAGGUGCAUGCACCCAAGGCAAAGAUUAGUAAGCAGCUUAUCAGUCUUCUCACGAAGGUUUCCAAGAAUGUCUGAAGGAGGUGGUGAAGUAAUAUUUUGCAAGUCGUGGAUUUCUUUUUGGCAUAGCUGAUGGUAAAGGGUAAUGGAGGACAUUCCCAUUUGAGCUGGCUGGCUAUUUGACUCAUUAGUGUCGCACAUGCCACUAGUAGGGAUUAUAAUGAAAAUAUCAUGCGGCUUCAUUAGCAGUUUUUUGGUGAUUGGUUUGUUGGUCUAUGGAAUAUAGAAUGGUAUGCAGCAUUGGUAGU